GGCCACCUGUGUUUAUUUGUUUGAGGAAAGCUUCCCGGAGUCUGCCUCAGGCUACGACUGCAGUAUCCUAAAACGACCGCGUUGUGCGCGUUAUUGCCUUUUUCAUCGUUAUUGUUACCUAGUACCUAAGUAUUACGGUUUCUAUUAUUACCGUCGCUUUUUCCUUCUUAGCAGAGCAGGCAAGGUUCCCUCAUCCCCCGUUGAGGUGGACCAUAUAUAUCCAGUAUAGAAAUUCUCUCCAAUACCAAGGUGGAAUAUCAGGGUGCGCGCUGUUGGUAUUGGCGCACAUAAAAAAAAAAAAAAAAAAACCACCAACGUUUGCCUCCCACACUAGGUACCUACUACUUCUAAGGUACCUUGUCUGUCACUGUGGCCAUCGCCCGUAUUGGACCACUUCAUGGGAUCUUGUUCACCUCUGCUGUCAAGUGCCUAAGGCAUGUCAGCGCGGUCCGGUCAGCCAUUCCAAUUCCAUGGCUUCCAGACUACUAUCGAUAUCGCUCGUCAGCAAAAUCAUGAUGUAGCUCCCUUGGCGGGGCAAAAACGGCUUCUAGAUCAUACCCCAGACAAUUCUCAUAAAUCCCCCGUUUUAAGUCACCAAAUCUCUACUCGUACCUUAGGUUCUCGUCCAGUCGACUUUGUUCGUCCUUCUGUGUCCCCUCCAAGAAGUCGCCUAAGCGCUAGUGAGAUCCGUCCUGUGGAGGCAAGUGCUCCAGAAAGAAAUGAUGGCAUGCAAUUGGAAACGCAUGCCAUGGAAGAGCAUGGCCGUGACCCUUAUCUAUUUUUGAAGCACCCCCGAUACGGAUUGUCAUCAGCGCUAGUAGCCAACUUUGCUUCUCUCGGUGUUAACAAUAUUUAUCCAUGGCAGGCAGCAUGUUUGCUUGCCCCUGGUCUGCUUGAGGGGGGGAAACAUUUGGUCUACACUGCCCCUACAGGGGGAGGAAAGUCUCUUGUAGCUGACGUUCUGAUGUUGAAACGUAUCAUCGAAAAUCCUUCGCGUAAAGCCAUUCUAGUUCUCCCAUACGUCGCACUAGUCCAGGAAAAGCUGAAGUGGCUUAGACGCAUUGUUCAGGAUGUUGAGAAAUACAUCGACGAUGUCGAUGAUCAAGCAGGUGACAUGAAGCCAUAUUAUCAACGCUUGAAAACGCUACAAAAAUCGAUCCGAGUCACUGGUUUCUUCGCAGGUGGCAAAAGCACCGCUACUUGGGCCGAUACAGAUAUUGCAGUUUGCACAAUAGAGAAGGCCAACUCAUUGAUCAAUACCUCCAUCGAAGAAUGCAGCAUCGGAAAUUUGUGUAUAGUAAUCCUGGAUGAGUUGCAUAUGCUGGAUGAUGAACACCGAGGUUAUCUUUUAGAACUGAUGGUUACCAAGCUACUUCUCCUGCAGCAGGAUAUCCAGAUUAUCGGCAUGAGUGCCACUCUUUCGAACACAGAGUUGCUGGCAGAGUGGAUGAAUGCACACUAUUAUAUCUCAACAUAUCGACCGAUUCCAAUUGAUGAAUAUCUCGUAUAUGAGAAUGCAAUUUAUCCCGCGGCAACCUCGAGACAACUAUUUCACACGAUUACCAAAUUGACGUCGAUGACCGCCACCUCCCUUACCGAUACUAUGCCUCCCCAUCGUAUAAUCCAGCCUUCAGCAUUUCGGGAACUUGCAAAUCCAACCACAAAUGCGAUGGUAGCGUUAUCAGUCAGUACGGCUACUGCAGGGUAUGGUGUAUUAGUUUUCUCUGGUAGCAGACAGGCUUGCCAACUUCAUGCCUCCACUAUUAGCGAAGCAAUGCCAGUGCCAGUCGCAGUAGAUCCAGAGGAGCUAAGUAGACGAUUGGAUUUGCUCGCCGAUCUACGAAGCCUUCCUAGUGGUCUUGAUCCAGAUCUCGAAAACACGCUAGUCAGAGGAGUGGGCUUCCACCAUGCAGGCAUGACGACUGAGGAACGUGAAUUAAUAGCACAAGCUUAUGACCAGGGAGUUUUGAGAGUGCUCGUAGCUACGUGCAGUCUUGCGGCCGGAGUCAAUCUUCCUGCUAGAAGGGUUAUCAUAAACGGUGCCCGUAUGGGGCGCGAACUGGUUGGGCCAGCAAUGCUGCGUCAGAUGUGUGGGCGAGCUGGUCGCAAGGGCAAAGAUGAGGCUGGCGAGACCUACCUCAUUUGCGGGAAAUCUGAGCUACAGGCAGUUUGUGAUCUGUUGGAAGCUGAUAUGCCAGCUAUCGAGAGCUGUCUAGCACUGGAAAAGCGUGGUCUCAAAAGGGCGAUUUUAGAAGCAAUAGCCACAGGCCUCGUCGCCGGCUAUGCAGCGAUCAAAGAAUAUGUGAAAUGCACCCUUCUUUAUCGGACUAUGGACAAAAAGAUAGCGUACAACAUUAUGAACUCCGCACUUCAAGAAUUGACCGAUGAGCAUCUCCUGCAUCAGAGCGACGAUGAAUCUUAUGGCGCGACAAAACUUGGCCAAGCUGUUGUUGCAUCUGCAUUCGCACCUGAAGAUGGCCUGUUCGUUUAUGAAGAGCUAAGACGAGCAGUGCAAGCUUUUGUGAUGGAUGGUGAGAUGCAUGUCUUCUACAUGUUUACGCCGAUCCAGGUAGCAAUGGCCACACAAAUAGAUUGGCCAAUUUUCCGAGACCAGUUGGAUAACCUUGAUGAGAGCGGAAUCCGCGCCUUGUUGUUUGUCGGUGUUCAGCCCGGCUUUGUAAACAGGAUGGUUCAAAGCGGUGCGUCUCUUAAAGAAGAUACUCCAGAACAGGCAAAACUAGCCACCAUCUACCGUCGCGCUUACACCGCAUUUCAGCUUCGUGACCUAAGCAACGAAGUCCCCCUAUCGGUAAUCGCCAAUCGCUACCGGACCCCUCGCGGAGCCAUCCAAAUACUAGCCCAACAGUGUCACGGAUUUGCCGCAGGAAUGGUCAAAUUUUGCAAACGUAUGGGCUGGGGAAUGCUCGCAGCGGUCCUUGAUCAUAUGCGGGAUCGGUUGGAGACUGGGGCUCGCGCUGAUCUAUUAGAGAUGGCUCAAGUUACCUACGUCAAGGGUUGGACAGCAAGGUUGCUUCGAGACAACGGGUUCCAAAACUUGAGGGCACUGGCAGAGGCCGACGCAAAGGACCUUGUUCCCGUGUUAAUGAUGGUUAAUCCACGGAAAGCACAGAGAAGCCAAAUUCAUCCCACAGAAGCCGAGCGAUAUGCCAAGAAGUUGCUUGCUAAAGCGGAAGUAAUCGUUGCAUCAGCAAAUAAGAUCUGGGAACGCGAAAUGCAACUCGAAUUGGAUGAAUAAGGUAUAGUACUCCUGCGUAGAUAAAUCUUGUGUCGGACUUAAUAGAUGGGCAAAUUUUUCGAACUUUUGCAAAGACUGGUUCACUCAUUCUCGGUUGUUGUAUAGUAUAUGUAUAUAA